AUGUCGCCGCCGACAAAGAAGCGGAAGUUUUUGUCGCUAGAAGAGAAGGCUAAAGCUAUCACCCAGGCUGAAGGCGGAAAGAGAAAGUCAGUCAUUGCGGAAGAAUUUGGGAUUCCGGCGAGCUCCCUUUCUACUAUACUGAAGUGCAAGGACGCUAUAGCCAAAGCGCUAGCUUCCGGGACGUCAGCGAAACACAAGAAAGUGACUCAGCCGGUGCACGAGGACUUAGACAAGGCAGUAUACACCUGGUUUGUGGAGACGCGGGCCAAGAAGAUCGCUCUUAGCGGUGAUAUCGUGCGACAAAAAGCACUGAAUUAUGCCCACUUGCUAGGCAUAGAUGACUUUAAGGCCAGUGUAGGUUGGCUGAACAGAUUCAAGUCGCGCCACAGCAUCAUCGGCAACGUUUUGUGCGGUGAAGCCGCUUCGGCGGAUAGUGACGGCGCCGCUGCGUGGAUGUCAGCUAGCCUCGCAGGCAUCCUGAAUGACUACUCACCGUCAGAUAUUUACAAUGCAGAUGAGACCGGACUCUUUUACGAAAUGCUACCCACCAGGACCCUGGAUUUUAAGGGGCUGUGCUGCCACGGAGGCAAGCACAGUAAGAAGCGAAUAACCGUGCUCCUGUGCGCCAACAUGGACGGUUCGGACAAGCGGCCGCUGUUGGUCAUCAGCAAAAGUGCCAAACCACGCUGCUUCAAAGGAAACCGGAGCCUUCCCGUGAAGUACAUGGUUAACACUCGGGCGUGGAUGACCCGGGCUAUUUUCGGAGAGUGGGUCCAGGCUUUCGACCGGGACAUGGGCAGGCAAAGGCCGAAAGACGAGUACAUUCAAGCUGACUCGUGCGUGGUGGUGCGCGAGGAAACGACCGACGAAGACAUCCUGAACAGCGUCCGGGAAGACUGUGUUUCGUCGGACGAAGAUGACGCAGCCGCGCAACUCAGCUAUUACUGCGACCAAGACAAGAAGCAGCUCUCCAGGGUCUCUGUUUAUGAACAGCAAGAUGGUCUACAGUAA